AACAGAAAUAGAUAAGAGAAAUAACCAACACUACUAAGGCAAACUAAAACAAUUAAAUGAUUAUCAGGAUAUAUAUAUCCAUAUCCAUAUCCAUAAAUUUGGCUGCCCUUGCAAGUCACAGAAUGAUUUAUCUGAUUUUGGCAACCUCCACCAGCCCACUUCUGGCAUUUGAGCAAACACAGGAGGAUUUAAGCUGCCAAGAUGGAGAAUUUCGGGCAAGUUGACCAUUUCAGAACAUCCUACAUUCCUUGCAAAGGCUUCAGGUGGCUUCUUAAGAAGCCACCCUGAGCACCUUGGAAGAAAGGUAGGAUUAAACUAAAUUUAUGAUAUUUUUCCACUUUCUGGUUUGCUUCACAGGAUUCUUUAGCCUGCUGAUACACCUCAUGUCCUUGGCAUCUAGAGUUGAACAGCACAUGAACCCAAUCCUUCUAGAAGAGAAUACAGGCCAAUGCAUGGCUGGAGAGCAGGCUGUGGUGGGGUUGCCAGCUGUCCCACACCAUGAAAUCCUUCUCCUACAGGAAAACCCUUCUCUCCCACUCAAUUCAACCAUCAUCUAAAUUCUUUAACUGAAGAUUUACUGGACCAGGAGGAUAGAAGAGCACAGCUGGCAUCGCUCUGUUUUAAUGUACAUAUCCCUACCACCUGUUGAAAAGCAAUCUUUUUUCUUUUCCAAAUCCGUUUUCCUUUUCCCUAUAAAUAGAACCGGCGCAACCAGAUAAAUAUAGAGGAUUAUUCUGCAUUUCAGAAAGUUGAAGGGAGAAAGACAGAAUAAUUGCUCUUCACAUGGGGCAUGUUCAGUUUGCAACUGUCUAUGGCAAGCAGGUUUUACAUGUUUUCAUUUUGGUUCAGAAACCUGUAUGAACACAAGAAUUCAAAAAUGGAAGAAAUGAAAGAAGCCUUUCUUCCCUAUAGACACUUCUAUUCUACUAUAAUCAUCAUCUGAAACUAGUUUCAGCCACUGUGUUGAAGCAUCCUGAGCUGGUUGCACUCUGAGCAAACUUGGGCUGCCACUGCUCACAAGCAAACACAAAUGUAUGUAUGCAGUGGCUGAUCAUCUAUUUCUCCGUGUUGACCCCACUGUGUCACUCUUUUAGCAAUAAUGGAAUAAGGAGGGUGAACUAAAAGGGCAAGCCCAUCUCUUCAUGGCCAUUAUAUUAGAAAGGGCAAUGGGAAAGACCUUAGCAAUCAACUUGUGACCCCUUUCCAAGGGCCAUGAAACAGACAAUAAUCCUGUUUGAUUUUCACUCCUAAAAGCUAUGGACGCUCUUCCAGAAGGGAAACAAGUCUUUGAGGCUGAGGGUAUAGAGGCCAGAAUGACCAACUUUCAAAAACUGACUCUGCUUCUUUGCCUUUCAAGAACCUUGAGAAAAGCAAGUAGCCAAGUUGUUCCUUCCUUCACAUUGGCCAGGGUCUCAAGAGCCAAUUGAUGCAAAGAGAUGGUUCCAGUUUAAAAGACAGACAGGUAUUCAAACAAGUGCCCUGAAUGAGAAUAAAGUUUCCUACCCAGAAGCCACAAACACCUCAUUAUCUCAGAAGCAAAGUGUGAAGAACAAUACUAGACCUGAAUAGAAAGAUGUGUGAAUCAAAUUCAGAAAAUGAGGGAAAGGAAGUGGGUAGGUGAAGCUCAAAGAGAUAUAGUUGAGCUUUAAUAUAGUUGAGACAAGCUUCCAGACAGGACCAUACCUCAGCUUUCCUAACUCUUCAACCUUUACAGCUACAGUAUUUGGGGGGGCUCUUUCCUCCUCUCAAAUCUUCUUCCUUCAGCCUUUAUUCUCCCUCAGGUUCUCCAGGUCAUCACCAUCCCAGAAGAGAACUCUACAAGAAGAUUCAGGCUUUCUCAAGGCUGGACACUAAAGCAAAGUGACGGCUGAAACUCCUUUAUCUGGGCAUCAAGAUGCUGUGUUGCAGAAUCUUCAGUGUGCUGAUGGCAUCCUUCAGCGCCAUCCUGCUCUUGAUGGCGCUCAGCACCGAUUACUGGAAAGCAUCUUUUUCUGCCGCAGGGACAUCCCACAGUGGGCUGUGGCAGUUCUGCAUGAACCUCAGACCAGCCAAAAGCCAAUGCUUUGUUCUCAAGGAGACUUUUGGCUACAUCACAGCUACCCGUGUGUUCCUGAUUUUGGCUUCCCUGAUGGCACUGGCAUUACACUUCUUUCUUAUUGCCACCUUCAGGCCUUCGAUGUGUGGUAUCCUGGGCAAGCCCUGGAUUGCUUCCGUGGCUGCCUACGUGGCUGGAAUCUUCACUCUGAUAGCCCUAACUGUGUAUACUGCUGAAACGUGGAAUGAGAACCCAUCCCCUCAAAUCCAGGUCACCUUUGCAUGGUCUUUCUACUCUGGAUGGACAGCUUUCCCCCUGUUUCUCUUGGCUGGCCUAUUCAACCACUUUGCCUCCUUGAACUCUCCAUCUUCUGGCUAUGAAAGUAUAUGAACAUCUCAGUCAACAAGAGAGAAAGCAAAAAUGUACAGAAGUGCUUUCUCUCGACAAGAUGCCUCCUGCUUCUCCUGUACCAAUGGAUCUCGCCACCUCCAGGACAUUGCUCAGCUGUACAACUUUAUUGCUCACUUUCGAAACCUUUUAUCUUGUCUUUUGUAGAGCGGUGGCUUGUUCACUGAAGCCAAGAAUGCUUUUGAUAAUUAGCUUGCUUGCCAAGGAAGACUACCCAGUGGCCUACCAAAUGUGUUUGGGGCAGGAUUCUGGGGCAUGCUCUAGGGUAGCCUUCUAAAAUCUACAAUUUUCAGCCCCCUUUCCUUCCAUUCUAUGUCUUUGUCAUUGUCCAAGGGCAUCAUUUUUAGCAAGAGCUUCCAUAAUUCCUGCAGCCCGUCUACCGUUGGUUGUUUGGCUGGGCAGAUGGGAGCUGUGGUCCAAAAACAUCCCAAGGGUGUCAAGUUAGAGAUGAUUAGUCAGGAAAUUGCUCAGUUCCUUGGCUAGAACCCAGAAGAAUACUGCAGUUCCCAAAGUAUAAUCUACAGCAGUGUUUCUCAACC